CGUUGCCCGUUUACGAGCAGCGCCGGCAGAAUUUUAAGAACGAGACACAGACCGAAACGUAAUCAGCUGCCUGGGUAAUCGGAUAUCAUUUUCCUUACUUCUAGUUGGACGACAUGGAGGUCAUCGAUCCUGCCAUCGAGUUGUUGGAAGAGGUCGAAUUCCUGACACAAAUUGUGUCCCGGAGUCGACAAAGGAUUUGUAAAAUUGCUCGUCGCUCAGGAGUCAAUGUGCAACAGGAUCAAAUUAACGGUGCGAAAGUCGCGAAACUGUUAAGUUUGCUUGAUUCCAUUGUGUCCUUGAAAUUCAGUCUGGAGCUGCAAAAUAACUUUGACCCCGACGACGACGACGGUGACCUUGGUGACGACGAGGUGAAGGGGGAACCUUGCCCUUCGUCUCCUAAUUGUGAAGACAACGACGACCAAUUUGACCUUGACGACCAACCUGGUAAAUGGGACCCUCGUAAUAAUUACAAAAGUGAUGGAGAUUUUGAAUCCGGAGCUUAUCGGAUGGACACGCCGCCUAGCCAAGUGCCCAAUUCCGAACCAACAAAGGCCUGGGAAUGUUCCAUUUGCCUGAAAACUUUCCGAACCAAGACACACCUCAAGAGUUACGUCGUCACGCACGACUCCGAUGCAAAAGUUAAAUGUGAGAUUUGUGGCAACAUUUCGAAAAAUCCCAUAACUUUUUCCCGUCACGUGCGAACCGUCCAUUCCCAGGAACGUCCCUCGUGCGGAAUUUGCCACGGAGUCUUCGCGUCACCCGACACGCUGCGAAAACACAUUUCUACCGUGCACAGCACUCAAAAACGACCCCGUUUUCCAUGUGAAUUUCCCGGCUGUGAGAGAACCUAUCUGGGGAAAUACAACCUGAACAGACACGUGGACAUGGAUCAUUCCGGUCCGAUAUCCGUGUACCUUUUGUGGAAAGGAAUUUAAACGUAGGAACCAUCGCGACGUACACCAACUUAUUCACACUAAUGAAAAGCCGUACAAAUGUGGCAUUUGUAAGAAAAGUUUCAAAGGCAAGUCUAACAUGAAACGACACGAGGUAACGCAUUUAAGGAAAUAUGACCGAGGCAUUUUCUAUGAUUACGUGUAACAAAUGCAUGCGUAAUGUAAUCUGUAAUGUGUCAUGAAAACAAUUUGACUACGUAAACAUUUAUUUUUCAUUACGUAUUUCUAAAUAUAUAUUUAAAUGACAAUAGAAAAUUAAUUUAAUGACAAUAAAUACUUGGAUUAGGUUGCCAAGUUUCAACUUUGCACAAA